AUGACAAGCAGUGCACCGUCGUCGUCCAAGCCACCGCGCCCGCGGUCCCCCCACUUUCCACCCCACAAUGCACCACGCGUCUGGUUCAUCACGAGGGGGGUGUCGCCCAUAGCGAUUGCAUUAGCAAGACAAGUGCUUGAACAUGGUGACUACGUGGUAGCAGGUGUUGUGCCAGCCGAGUUCGAGAAAAGAGAAGGCCAAACCGAUGAUUUUCGAGCGUUUCUUGAAGAUGUAAAGAAAACAGAUCGAUGGCGCGAGCGGUUGCGCGUUGUUGGACUGGAUCGAAGAGUUGUUGGUCAAUGUCAGGCAGCUGUUGCAGAAGCCAUUGAAGCCUUUGGGCGCAUCGAUGUUCUGCUAUGUGCUGCAAGUGAAGCUGUCAUCGGCGCUGUCGAAGAAUUGGCUCAAAGCAGCCGAACAAUAAGUCUGGUGAAUGAGAUCUUUGAAAUCAACUUCUUCGCCAAUGUCAACAUCAUCAAAUCGGUAUUGCCAAUCAUGAGGGAGAGAAAGAACGGCCACAUCAUAGUAAUCACAGGCAUCACUGGCCAUCUCGGUACACCUGGUCUAGGAAUGUACUGCUCUUCGCAAUGGGCCAUAGAAGGCUAUUGCGAUAGCCUCGCCUACGAAAUCGCUCCCUUCAACAUAAAAGUAUCCAUUGUCCAAGCAAAUAUGGAAGUCAACGUGCUCACCAACCGCAUCACCUCCGUCCCCCCAAUGACCGAAUACCUCCAAGAAGAAAAUCCCGCUCCCCUCGCCCGCGAAAUCUUCUCCGGCCUCCUCGACAAAUUAGAACGCAUCGAAAACCCCAGUCUUCAUCCCAACUUUGACGCAAAGUCUCCGGAUAGCGUGUCCUCGACUCCUGAUGCAAAUGUUGCUGAAAACACAAUGGGUGAUCUGUUGAGUUCCGAUACGGUGACAUCAUUGUAUGCGCCACUGCCUACGGCGUUGAAGAGCUCGUUGAUUGCUGAGACGGUACAUGCGCUUACUGCCAUUGGGGGGCAUGAUAACCCACCUGCGAGACAUAUUGUAGGGACUGAGGGUGUCACUGCUGUGAAGGAGAAGCUGAAGACGACGAGUGAGGAGUUGGAGGAUUUUAUUGAGGUUAGUAGUGCGGUUGAUAUCGUGCAGAAGGACCGUGAUCCUUUCUCAGCAUCGAUGGAUCUAAUAUGA